GUGCUUUAAAUUCUGGUGGGAACCAUUUGUCCCCAAAUGUGUGAAUUGUUAAAAUAAGAAAAAAAUUAAGGUAGGAAAUGAGAAGAUGCGGCUGGUGUGAUGAGGCUGGGGAGCGAGGGAGUGGCCGGUUCCAUUUCCGUCCCCAGAGCAUCUCGGAUAUUAUCAACUGCAACACGAUGUCGGCGGCUCAGAUGACCGGGAUCGUCCUGCCCCAGAUGGUCAGCAGAGGCAGAGGCGUCAUCGUCAACGUGUCCUCCAUAGCCAGCCAAAGGGGCUUCCCGUCUCAUGCUUUAUACUCAGCCACUAAGGCCUUCGUGCAGUGCUUCUCCGAGGCUGUGGGCGCAGAGUACUCCCCUCAGGGUGUCACCAUCCAGACAGUGAGCCCCUCAUUUGUCUCCACAAACAUGAUCAACAAAAGGUCAACCGGGCUGCUGGUGAAGAGUGCCGACGAGUUUGCCCGCACUGCCUUGGACACGCUGGGCCUCUCCUCCCACGUCUCUGGCUGCCUCAGUCACGAGCUGCAGAGCUUCCUGCUGCCUUUCAUCAUACCCGUAUGGCUUACCAACAGUCGCUGGGGAAUCCGGCUUCUGUCUCUAGGAAGCAAGGUCAAAUUUUUCUCCUUCCUUCAAAGCGCGACAGCGCGAUCUCACUGAAGAUGCAGUCCAGAAGGUCUCAGGUCAGAACAAAGAGAAAUGCAAGCUGGUGGGACACUAGACGUUGGGUGACGAUGAUGGCCUCACUCCCCUCUGGCAGAAAGAUGGAGUUUUUAAAAUAAGCGCUGUGAAAAGCUGGACAGCCAUUUGGUGACAUUAUAAAAAAAAUUUUUUCUGACACUGGGGAUUGAACUCAGGACCUUGCGCUUGCAAGCCAGGCACAGCGCCUGUCAGCUAAAUCCCAGGCAGGUGACAUUAUUAAUUUUUAAAAAAUGAAAUUGUAGUGGUGGUUGCACACCUUAGUGAAUGUACUGAAAACUCAGGAAUUGUACACAUUAAAAGGGUGACUCUAGGGCCCGGGAUUUAGCUCAGUGGUUUUGCGGCCUGCUGCGCAAGUGCAAGGACCCGAGUUUGAUCCCUGGCACUAAAAAAAAAAAAAAGGGUGAAUCUUAUGUGGGUGAUAUCUCCAUAAAAAUAAUUUUAAAAUGGA